AUAGACCAUGGUGGGCACUGGUGGGAUUGCAACUGGCGCUGGUACUCGUGUCGACGUGACUCUCAAGCUAUCACAGCUUCAGAAUCUGUGCAAACGAGAUCCCCAAGGGUAUCGGGAAGACUACGAUGCGCAAGUCCGACGAUUGGAAAGUGAAUGUGGUAUUUUGGCCCUCUCGCCACUGGCGGAUCCGUCGCCUCGCUUGGUGGAACUGAUUCAAUUUGCCGCUGCAGUCUCCUCCAGUUCUUAUAAAGGCGCCGAAGCCAAUCGCAUUGCACAGUUGCUCAUGAAUUUACUAUUGGGCAAAAAGGAUGCCGUGGCAGCGGCCAAUACUGAUAACAACAAUGCAGCUAAUGCUCAGAGCAAACAACAACAAGUCUCCAAGGAAGAAAAGCAACAAGCAAUCGUCAAUGUGACAUCCCUGUCUACUUGGGCGCUCCAAUUGCACCGUGAUAUUCGCAAAGCCUGUGUCUCGGCUCUGAUUCUCAUGAGGAACAAGGGCGCCGUGGAACCCUUGCAAUUGCUCGAACUCUUUUUUCGAAUCAUGAGCGUCGUGCCCGACAAGGCUCUGAGAGAAAUUCUAUUUCGACACAUUGUCAAUGACAUACGGAACAUUAACAAAAAGGGGAAACGAGACGAUAAGGUCAAUCGAUCUAUUCAAUCCUUUCUCCAUCGCGUCAUUAGUACGCAUGGCAAUAAUAACAUCAAUACACAGCAACCAGAAGACUCGGCGACCGACGUGGCGUCCAAACGAGCCUGUGAAAUGGUCUGUGAACUGUAUCGGCGCAAUGUCUGGACCGAUGAACGAACUGUCGCCAUUCUGACAUCGGCCAUACAGUCCAAGAAUACUACCGUCAUGUCAAGAGCCAUUCGAUUCUUUCUCAACGUCGAAGAAAAAAUGGCACUCGAUGCCAAGGAAGAAGAAGAAUCCGAGUGGCUAGACAAGAACCACAUUGAUUAUCACCAGCAUUCCAAAAAAACACAAGGACGACUACGACAUGUUACUCGACAACUCAAAAACAGAAAGAAACACCAAAAGAAACGAGAAGGAAUGGAUGGAGGCGAAAAUUGGUCGGAACAAGUCGAUGAAGACAAUGGAGUCGAACAAGCCAAAAAACUAUAUCCCGCCAUUGAACUCAUUCAUGAUCCACAGGGACUGGCAGAAGCCGUCUUUCAAAGAGUACGCGGGGCUGGAAAGGCAUACAAAUACUACGUCAAACUGCUCAUGAUCAAUUUCAUCACGCGACUCGUGGGCAAUCAUGAACUCAUCAUAUUGCCGCUGUAUCCAUUCCUGCAAAAGUACAUGGGAGGACACCAGCGUGAUGUUACUGCCAUCUUGGCAUACUCGGUCCAAGCGUGCCAUGAACAUGUCCCACCCGAAGAAGUAUACGGCAUUCUCAAGACCAUUGCUCACAACUUUAUCACCGAACGAUGUUCCGAAGAGCAAAUGGCUGUGGGGAUCAACGCGGCAAGAGCCAUUUGCGCUCGCGUGCCAACCGUCAUGAACAUGGAAGAAUCCAAAGGCACCACCGGCAGCACUGUCAUGGAUAUGGAAGCGUUUGCCAGAGACUUGGCUGGAUUUGGAAACCACAGAGAUCGAUCCGUCAGUAUUGCUGGAAAGGCGUGGCAAAAUUUUGUCCGAGAAGUCAAUCCAGGAUUGUUGCAAGGAAAACAUCGCGGGCUCAAGGGAUCGGCAUUGCACAAAUCGGGUACUCGGCCACGGAGGUAUGGUGAAGAUCAAAUCAGUGCCGGUGUGGCAGGAGCCGACCUUUUGGUGGAAUACGAAUCCAAGAAGGCGGCCUACUUGAAACGAAAGCAAGCAGAACAAAAUGAAGGAGUAGGAGAGGACGAAGACGGAUGGGUGGAAGCGGAGGAUUCCGACGAUGACGAGGCGCCUCAGCUGGUGGUGUUGAAGGAUCAUGAUGGAGACAAGAAACCUGCUGCCAAGGAAGAUUCUGCUGGCGCCGAAGAUGCUGAUGAUGAAGAUGACAAUGAUAAUGCUGAUGACGACCAAGCAUCCAAGGAUGACAAUGAAAAGUCAGCAGCAAACCAAGAAGAGAACCAGGACGACAAGGUCAUUGAUCUAUCGAAAAUGACGCCCGAAGAGCGCGCAAAACUUCGCAUGGAAGUAUCAGCUACUCGCAGCUUCACUCCCAAAGAUUUUGGUUUGAUGCGAAGGCUCGUCGAACGGGAGCAGCGUGCCAAGCGAGAUCCUAGGGAGGCAGCACGUCGCAAACGAGCCCUUGCCAAGGGAGAUGGUUUCGAAGAACUCAGUGGGGACGACGAGUCCGACUCGGACUCUGACGAAGAUAUUCACGUGGCUGGUGCAGUGAACCCAACCGACAUUAUGGCAUCAGCCACGCGCAAACGACAAUCCAAAGCCGAACGUUUGGCCAAGGUAGUAGCCGGUCGUGAGCAAUUUGAAUCCACAGCUCGUACAGGCGGUUCUACCAAUGUGGAGAAGAAAAGGAAGAAGAACUUUGUCAUGUCCAAGUUUAGCUUCGCGACGAGAACGAAAGGCAACGGAAAGAAGAUGCUAGCCGACAAACGAAAAGGAAAGGGUGGAAACAUGUCGCAUGAAGGCAGGAAGCGUAGGAGGAAGUUCUAAACUGCGUAGCAUUAACUUUAUCAGAGACUUUUAUCAGGAGGAUGCAAACGCCUGAAACUCUCCAAUCAAAAAGG